AUGGCUCUGAUACCAAAUCCAAAAGAAUCGAGGAAGCAGAUCAACGCUUGGGCAGCCAAGGCGACAAGAAACCUUAUCACCCAGGUGUUCAUCAACCCUGAGGACGACGACAACGAUGACACCGUGCAUGUCAUCGCCAAUAAUGCCAUCUACUUCAAGGGGGAGUGGCGCAACCCGUUCAAGAAGGAGAACACCGUGGACCGUGAGUUCCACCGCCUCGACGGGAGCUCCGUGGAGGUGCCCUUCCUACAGAGCUGGUCGUACCAGUGCAUCGCCUGCCACUCCGGGUUCAAGGUGCUCAAGCUGCCCUACGAGUUGAUGAACGAGUCCAACUGGAAGCUUUACGACAGCUUACCCAGGUUUUCCAUGUGCGUCUUCCUCCUGGACGGCAAGAAGGGGCUGCGAGACAUCAUGGAGAAGAUUGCGUCAUCCUUGCCGGCGUUCCUGCACGACCACCUGCCGAAGGAGUAUGUCCCCAUCGGCCAGUUCAGGCUGCCAAAGUUCAAGCUGAGCUUUGAGAGAGAGAUCCAAGAUGACCUUAUACAUCUAGGCCUUGAGCUGCCCUUCGACAAAAAGAAGGCGAAUAUGGGCGACUUGCUCCACGAGGAAGACACGCGACGCAUGCGUGUCAACAGAGUCAUCCACAAGGCAGUCAUCGAGAUGAACGAGGAGGGGAGCGAGGCGGCCGCCGUCACCGUGGAGUCGGACGAUGAUAUGGGUUACUCCAUGUUUGAUGACUACCCACCACCGCCAAAGCCGGUGAACUUCGUCGCCGAUCACCCGUUCGCCUUCUUCAUCAUCCAGGAGACGUCUGGUGCCGUUGUCUUUGCUGGGCAUGUUCUUGACCCUUCUGAGGAAGUGUAG